UCAUGGGCUGCCCUGUUAUCAUUCUCCAAUUUCCUCCAAGCACCUCAAAUACAAUACAGUUCUUUCAAUUUCUCCUGGCAGUGGAGGAGGACUCUGGUGCUUGCCAGGUCAUAUUUGUUUAUCGGCAAAACCCAGCGAACCAAGGCGUUGGAGGGUUCCUGUAUGCAACGCGACCAAGGCGCUUGGAGUCUUGGAUGCCUUGACAACUAUGCUAGACCACAUCACCUGCCUUCCCGCCUGCAUUCUUGGAGAUGUUGCCAUGUUAAAGGUGAAAAUUCAGAGGGGGCUUUAAGCGGUGAAAGCAUUGUCUUGGAUGAACAAACAUUAGAACAAGAACUGCAGAUGGCCAUUGAGGAAGAAAACUAUGCUCGAGCGGCAAAAAUCAGGGAUAGCCUCCGGCUUCUUCAUGAUGACGGCAAGGCUUCUGUGCUAGCAGCAAAUAAUCGGUUUUACAAUUCGUUCAGGAAAGGAGACAUGGCUGCCAUGCGAGCCCUGUGGGCAAAAGGGGAUAAUGUGUGUGUUGUACAUCCUGGUGUGGGUGGGAUAUCAGGUUACGAUCUCGUCAUGGGAAGCUGGGAGUUUGUAUGGGCAGACUAUGAAUUCCCGCUUGAGAUUGAGGUAAAAGAUGUUCAAGUUCAUGUCAAAGGUGACGUUGGGUAUGUCAAAUGCAUUGAAGUGGUUAAGACCAAAGGCAGCCGUUGGGGGAAACAGUAUGUAAUAAACGUGUUUGAGAAAAUUGAUGGUCAGUGGUGUAUUUGCAUUCACCAUGCUUCAUAUGUUGACUUGUGAAGCAGAUUAAUUGUAAUAUUUUCUACAUCAAGAUAACAUCAUCUCAUUGGUACAA